AUGAUGACUUUUGAUAAUUAUAAUUCAACAAAGGAUAAUAAUAGUGGUGGCGGAUCAAAUACAACUGCUACUGCCACUGCUGCUCCAACUAGAAGCAAUACAUCUUCAAAUCAAGAUUUAUCUCAACAUCAUCAUUAUCAUCGUCCUUCAAUAAGUAGUUUCAAUUCUUCAGGUCAAUAUUUACAUCAUCAACAAGGACAACCAUCCCAUCAACAACAAGGUCAACUAUAUUCACAACAUUAUGAUUAUCAACAAGGAUUGAAUAUACCAUUGAUGCAAUCUACUGGAGGUACUUCACCUACUCAUCCAUUUAAUCAAACUACUACUAGUGCCACCGCGACAACACCAAUGUGGAAUGUACCAUAUAAUACUCAUUCAUCAUAUUAUCAACCUACAUCAUCAAUUGGUUCAUCAAAUCGAAGAAAUUCUCUGAUUGAUUCAACUAAUAUUUGGUCAACAAGUUCAAAUCAACAACCAUCAACAAAUAUCUGGUCUACUUCAUUAAACUUGCAAACAGGUCAACAACAACAACAGCAACAACAACAACAAGUUAAUUUCCCACCAAGUUUAGAAAAUUAUAUAAGUACUUCAUCAAUAGUUCAUAAUAGAUCAUCACUGAUUCCUGGUUUUUCUUCAACUCCACCUCCACCUUCAUUACAAGGACCAUCUCAACAACAACAACAACCAUCUACUAGUCAACAAUCUAUUGUACCACAAAUUUCAUUGAAGGAACCAUUUUCCACAACUACACCAACGGAAAUAUCUCCUAAUCAAUUUAUUGAUCCAUUAAUGAGAAGACGUUCAUUUACGGAUACUUUAUCAAGUGGUGGUCCAACUCCAACUUCAACAACAGCACCAGCUACUACAAUUACAAGUGCAUCAAGUGCUACCACUCCUGGUGGUAGUACCACCACUGGAAAUUUAAAUGUAAUUUCUGAUAAGAGUACAUUACAAAUGGUUGAUGAUUAUUUUGAAAGUGACCCUCAUGAACGAGUUAAAGUCACAUUACAAUUGUUGAAUGAAAGAUUUUUUGAUGAAGAAAAGUUUUUAGGAGAUGCUUAUCAAUUGCCCAAAUUUCCAGUUGAGAAUUCAUUACGUAAUUAUCAAUUGAUUUUAGUUGGAUUUAAAGCUGGUAGAAUUGAUGUUUUUUAUUUACCUACCAAUAACCCCACUAAUCCAGAAUUGUUGAAUUUAAAAGUUGGAGAUUUAGUUAUUGUUGAAGCUGAUAGAGGAAGAGAUUUGGGGAAAGUUUUUAAAAUGAAUAUAUCUAUUGAUGAAGCUAGAUUGUUGAAGUUGUUGCAAUUUCAAGAACAACAAGCUGCUUUAAAUGAACAUGUUGAUAAUAUAUUGGAUGAUAUUUCCGUAAAAAGUUUAUCAGAACAACAACAACAACAACAGCAGCAGCAGCAGCAACAACAACAGGGCCAAGGUCAAGGUAGUAGCGGUGGAUCUGGUGGCGGUGGAACAUCAUCAUCAUCAUCAUCAACAUCAUCAACUACAGCACCACCAACUUUACAUUUUCCAAAAUCUGUGAUUGCACUUGCUCAACCGAAUGAAAUUAUUCAAAUUUUAAAUAAGAAACAAGAUGAAGAAAAGGCAUGUCGAUUAUGUUUGGCUAAAAUUGCUAAUGCCACGAGUGGAUCAUUAUUGGGAGGUCCAACAUCACCAGCAACACAAGAUUUAUUACAAAUGAAGUUGAUUGAUGCAGAAUAUCAAUUUGAUCGUAAGAAAUUAAUUUUUUAUUAUUCAACUUCAAGAAGAAUUGAUUUUAGAGAUUUAGUAAGGGAAUUGUUUAGAAUUUAUAAAACUAGAAUUUGGAUGUGUGCUGUUAUUGGAUUGCCUUAUCAAAUUUCAUCAAGAAGAAAUUCCAAUAGUCCAUUGCUGGGUAUGACAUCGUCAUCAUCAUGUCAGAAUAAUGUUACAUCAACAACAACGGGUGCUGGUUCAAGUAGUGGAGGUGUUACAACUGCUUCUGGAAGUAGUUUUAUCAAUCCAUUCAUUCAACAACAACAACAAGGACAACAAGGAAGUACAACAACAACCAUACCUACAGCAGGAAGUAAUUCACAAUAUAAUAAUAUUAAUAGAUUAGAUAGAAGAUUAAGUUUUCAAAUUCCACCAACAUAUCAACAAGGACAAGUUCAACCUAUUAAUUACCCCCCUCAACAACAACAACAACAACAACAAGGUCAACAAGGUCAAUUAACAUUUCAACUGGAUUUUAUACCAAGAAGAUUUUCUGAUUCAAGAACAACAUGGCAACCACAACCACAACCACAGCAACAUCAACAAGAACUGUUUGUUAUUCCAACAAAAUAUCAAUUUCCACCACCUCCACAAUCAUCAUCUCAACAACAACAACAUGAACAAGAACAUCAUGGAUCAAUAUCUGAAAUGUUGCAACCUCGUAGUGAACAACAAUCACCAGGAAGUAAAGAACAAGAUAGAAACAAAGAUAUAAUGAUGAAAGAUGAUAGUAAUGAAGAACAUCAACAAGUACAAGAUGAUGAUGAUAUUGAAGUUGAUGAAGAAACAUUUAGUAAUCAUUCAGGAGAAUCAUUUGUUUUAAAAUCAUUAGUUGAUUCAAUUAAUCAUUAA